AUGAAGGAUUCUAAAAUUCCCGGAGAAAAAGCUCUGGGAGUGAUGAAGGUGAAUACAGAAUUAGGCUUGUUCAAAGUUCCUAAAACUCCAUUGAAAAAAAAACAGAAAGUUUUGGAAGAAGAAACGUAUUUAGAAGAAAUGGGUAAAAUAAUUCAACGUGAUUUUUUUCCCGAUUUAAUGAAAUUGAAAGCACAAAAUGAAUAUUUGGAUGCUCAAUCGCAAAACGAUUCCGAGAAAAUGAUGCAAAUUUAUUACAAGUACAGUUCUGGUAAAAGGCCUCCUACGGAAAGAGUUCCCAGUCCAGCCACAUUUGAAACUCCUGUUCAACCAAAAUUAAAUAACGAUUGCGUAGAAGAGGCAAAUUUAGAAAACGAUCUUGAAAAAGGUGGUCAAAAUAGUAGUUCGAGUAAUUCGAGUAAAAAGUUAUCGUUAGAUCAGUAUCUGGCCUCACACACUAGCGAAGAUAAUGAAAGUUUUAAAGAAAUGCACAAAGAAUCCAUUGUCAAACAUAAAUUAAAGUAUAGUUGGUUAUAUCAAAAUGAAGGCGAACUCAAUAAAAGCAUUGAAGAUAGUUUAAAAGUUCCCUCGAUAGAAGACCAAGCAUCUGGCAAAGAAAAACCUUUAAGUCUUACUUCGUGGACUUACAAAAAUCAAAAUUACUGCAUGUAUGUUCCUGAAGGUGUUGAUUUGACAGUCGAGGAAAAAAAUGAAAUGAUGAGGAAAAAACACGAAAUUGUUCAUGAGAACACAAGAUUAACAAAAAAUCCUUUUGACGAGCAACAGAAUAAAGAUGUGAUUCACGAACUCGCCAUGAAUCAAGCAAGAACUCAAGAAGGAAAAAUUGGAGUCGAUGGAAAAAUUGUGACAUGCGUUGAAACUCCCAAAGUAAAUGGGUUUUCUUUUGUCAGAACGCCAUCUCCGAUGCCAGGAGUUAACGAAUCUCCAAUCAUAACAUGGGGAGAAAUUGAAGGAACUCCUUUUCGUCUGGAUGGGAGUGACACUCCUUACAGUUCUUCGUCUGGACCUACAUUUAGAAUACCUGAAAUACCCAAAAGAGAAAAACUGGCAAUGGCAUUGGCAGACAAAGCAAGCGAAUCAUACAGGGAUAAAAAAAGGAAAGCAAUCGAAGCAGCAAGAUCUCAAUUAUCAGGGCAAACUCCCAAACGACAGGGUUCCUGCAUAAAUCGCAUUAAUGAAAUGUCUCCUGCCGCACAAAGACUCGCAUCUGCUUCGCUGGGUCAAAGGUUGAAUGCGGAUAGCGCUCUGAGAAAUUCAUAUUCUCCGAGUCCGAAAUCGUCGAGGUCGUCACCGUAUUUCAACUUGACACCGAAAACUCCGAGAACACCAAAGACUCCCGUCACUCCCAUGGCUAGUCCAAAUGCGAAAUUAAAACAUCUCGUACGGAGAGCGACGCCCGUGAGCGUGACAGACGAUUUGCUCAAAUUGCCAAGAAUUGGAAACAGCAGGCCAAAAGCCUCGGAUUUUUUCUAA